AUGCUCCACGCGCGGAGCUCGACCCCGGAAGAUCGACCCCUCCGAGAAAACACUGAGAGAUCCAUCAAGUCUGCGACGACCAUCUCCGACAAGUCAAUGGGACUCAUCACUCCGCGCUCAGAGGGUGAUGAAACGCCUCCGCCCAUGGUUUAUGGUCAUCGGCACCACCACAGAAACGGCGCGGUGGCGGUGAUGGCGAACCAGCUGGCCAACCUACUGCAGGCCCAGCAGCGCUUUAGUGCCACACUUCCGGACAUACCACGUCAGGAGGACUUCCACAGGCAGCUUCUUUUGGCCUUGGAACAUGACUCGCGUCCAGGGUCAAACCGCUCGUCGAGGACGUCGGACUUCUCACUGAACCGACUUUCG